UAAAGUAGAGAUAUAAUUAAAAAUCUCUACAAGCUCUUAUCUAAUUUGAAAAUCCAGAUCUAUUUUUCGUUCUUGCUGGCUCAAAAUUACAGUUGCAAAAUCCCUCUAAUAUGUAGCGUGAAAACACCCCUUCCUUGGCACCUUGCAAUGUUUAACGUCUCACACUCUUCGAGAUUCCACCCCCUUUUCAUCAUCCCGUGCCGAUGCCUAUGGCUAGUCGUGCCCGCAUUGCAAAGGCGUUGCAGUACCGCUGCCGACAGAUUCGAUUUUUCACCCCAACCACGAAUAUACCCACCGUUAUGGAGCCAAGCAAAGUCAAGUAUGCGUAUAUCGAGGAAGGCGUCGAGCGCCUGGACUACUAUGUCCGUGGCGGGUAUCAUCCGGUAAAUAUUGGUGAUGAGUUCCAGGAAGGCCGCUAUGUCAUUGCCCAUAAACUUGGAUUUGGACGGUCUGCCACUACCUGGCUGGCUGAAGAUAAAGAAACGAAAAAACUUGUCGCUCUCAAAAUUUCCACUGCAGAAUCAGUUGAGCGCACUCAUGAGGAACAAAUUCUUUUACGACUGGCCAGGUGUCGAUCAGUGUUACCUGGAAAAGCCAUAGUCCAGAUAUUGCUUGACUCUUUCACCUUCUCCGGGCCAAAUGGGACACAUCGGUGCUUGGUUACGGAUGCUGCGAGGGUUAGCAUUCAUGUUACAAAGGACAUGGCUUAUCACCGCCUUCUCCAGCUUGAAGUCGCUAGAGCCAUUGCAUCCCAAUUGAUAUUGGCACUGCAAUUUAUACAUGCUCAGGGGGUCGUUCACGGCGGUAUGUUUUGAUUCUAUGACAUACCUGAACUGGCUUGGAGUCUAAACCAGAUGACACAGAUCUUCACGCUGGAAAUAUUCUCCUUCAUCUACCGCCAAAUAUUCGGAGCAUGACCCGCGAACAGCUAUAUAUAAAUAUUGGAAGGCCUGACGAGGAGCCUGUUAUUCGUGUAGACGGCUUACCCCUUAAUAAUAGGGUUCCUUUAAAGGUCAUUUUCCCGGUAUUACUAGGGCUUGGAAGUGAUAAGAUCAAGUUAGCCGAUUCUUCUAUUCUACUUACAGACUUUGGAGAAGCUUUUGAUCCUCAAAGAACACAGCGAUUCACUGCACAUACACCAGUUCCCUUAUCACCGCCAGAAUCUCGCUUCGCGGAUGAACCGCUUUCUUUUCCAUCAGAUAUCUGGACUCUUGGGUGUGUGAUCUGGGACCUAUUUGGAUCCAGUCCACCAUUCGAAGCUUUCCCCGGCUCGCAGGAUGAUAUUACCGUCGAGCAUGUUGAGACAUUUGGUAAACUCCCGGAU